UAUGAGGUGCGAAAUAAAACUGCCGACCGACGUCGGUUAUUAUCUGUCGCUGACCUACAUGGUGGAAUUGACCUUCGGAGAAGAGAAAGAGGGGAUGAAAUUCGUAGCGAAAAUUUUACCGGAGGAUAAAUUCACCAAGCGAUUCUUCGACCUUCACAGUCUCUAUCGCAAUGAGAUAAUGUUCUACAAAAAAUUGAGCAGAAAUUUCGGCAACAUGUGUCCAAAGUGCGUACUGACCGUUUCGGAACCCGGCGAGACGACUACCAUCAUUUUGGAAGACGUGUCGCAGUUCGGCUUCAGAGGAGUUCCGAACAGGAAAAUUCUUGGGAUGAGGAGGAUCGUCGCGGCGGCCCAGGCGAUAGGAAGAUUUCACGGAGUGGGAUACGUUAUGCGGGAAAAAGAUCCGGAAAAGUUUUUCGAAUCGGUCGGCAAACUGGCCGAAGCCAAGUACCGUUCCGCACCAAGAACGGAACGAGCGAAGUUAUACAUCGACGGUAUUUCCGCGAGGCCGGUUAAUUACCUGAAAUCGUUGAACUACGAUCCGGUAUUCUGUGAGAAGAUGUCGACUAUACUCGGCGACGCUUGGAGUUCGAUAUUGCUGGACUGUUUGAAACCGAGGAAUGAGUUGGCGGUUUUGUGUCACGGUGAUUACACCUCCGGAAACAUCCUUUUCAGGGAGAAACGGGGCGGAGACGACGGUUUUGACGUUAAACUGAUUGACUUUGCCGAGGUGAAAUAUGCAUCGCCGGCUAUCGAUCUCUCGACUUUUCUCUAUCUCGGCUGUACGAAGGAGGAGAGACAGAAUUUCGAGGUCAUUUUCAAAGCUUAUCACGACGCGGUCGUACAGUUCCUGGAUGAGAACGGUAUCGAGGUUCUCCACAAGUAUUCGAUCGAAGCGUUCCUCGAGGACUGGAAAAGACACGCCGUAUUCGGUUGCGAGAUCGCCAUUUUUUUCACACCCGUACUUUACUUCGAAGGAGAAUCUCCCGCGGAGCUAACCGACAGAAUUCAACAUUCGCUGAACAGCGGCGGGGAUACCGUUUCGAAAAUACUAGCCGAUAUUCUACUCGAAGCUAAAGAUAACGGGUAUCUCGAUCACAUGCUGUGAACACUGAGCGCAUUUCUGAUACCGAUUUAGCGACGAUUUCUAGUUUCACACAUUCUCUGAUUUUUCGUUUCGUUUAUUCUGAUUAUUUUGUGCUCAGAAAUCCAAGUCUGUUGAUCGAAUCAAAAUGAUCGAAUUAUCGCGAAUUUUUCAAUUCUCGAAGCGAAAG